AGAUGCAAGCUAGGAAGGAAUCGAGGUGUCUUGGCCAAAGGAAGCGCGACUGCAGCAGAAAGGAACUGGUGCCUUUCUUGACUGAUGAUGCGUUGGAAACUGGCCUGGCCUCAAGGGUCUGGUUGGUUUGUUUCUGUUUUGGAAUCGGCUCCCACUAAGACCCUGAAACAGCAGAACUGAACUGGAGGCACAACAUGAGUCUUUGACCUGGAGCACUGUGGUUACCAAAGGGGGAACUGGAAUGAACGACUGUGUUUUUUGCGUGUGAGCGUGCCUGCUGCAGAUCUCAAACCUGGCAUGGGGAGCAAUAUGAGUAAGAUUGUGGGGGGCCUGUACCUUGGAAACAUCAGAGAUUCUGAGGACAGAGAGAACUUGACGAAGAAUGGGAUCACACACAUCUUGUCGAUCCAUAACAAUGCUAAACCUGUGCUGGAAGACAUGACCUACCUCUGUAUAUCAGCCUCAGAUUCCUCAGAUCAAAAUCUGUUACAACAUUUCAAGGAGUGCAUCAGGUUUAUUCAUGAAUGUCGGCUCCAGGGAGGAGGAUGUCUCAUUCACUGCUUAGCUGGUGUGUCUCGCAGCACCACUAUCCUGGUGGCUUAUCUCAUGACGGUGACUGACUUUGGCUGGGAAGAGUGCCUGGCAGCCACUAAAGCUGUCCGUUCUUACGUGAGCCCCAACUUUGGCUUCCAAGAGCAGCUUCAGGAGUAUGAAGUUACUCUGCUCAAGGAGUACCAGGCCUGGAUUCAGCAGGAAUAUGGCAAGAACCCACUCAAUGACCAAGAGGAGUUACAGCGUUUACUCUCCCAGCAAGAAGAGAAAGCAAAACAGCAGCAAGGGGGACUCAGAGACACUAGUUGGAUCAAUGCUCCGAACCCAACCAGCUCUCGGCCUCACACUACCUACGAUAGCAGCCACAGCAGCCGGUGGAUGAACAGAUAACAAGUGCUCCUUUAAGACCUGGAAGAACUCUGCUUGUUGUCUCUUUCAGGAGAACACAACUUUGUUUUUCUGGCCUAUGGUGUGGAAUGAAUAGAUUAGCUGCGUCUUACGUAGGGCUGGGGGAGAUUUUGAUUCAGUUCGCAUUCAAGGGCAAACAUACCAAAUCUGCACUUUCCAAAACAAUAUGAGAACUGAAACACAGCCAUCCUUUGAGAUUUGCACUUCUCUGAAUUUUGCAAUGAAGUUCUCCAGCCAAGUAAUGUGUCCAAAAAUGCAUAUGCUAGGGUAAAGUAUAUAUAUUAGUGCACAAAUGCAUAUAUUAGUGAAAAAUAACAUACAAACAUGUAUAAUGUUCAGGGAAAUUGCUUUGCAAAAAUGAGUAUACUAGGAGAAAUUAGCACUAAAAAUGCAAACUGUUGUGGAAACGUGAAUGAAAUUUGAGAUGUGGAAAAAUGAGAAACUGAAAUUAACAUAUUUGCCCAUCCCUAAUUUUGGGCCAUGCUGCUGUUGCAGUUGGCAUUGCCCAGUGGUGUAGAGUCAAAUUCACUUUAUUUUCCCCUCCCUCAUUCUGCCACAGACCUGUCAUAUGGCCUUGUUAAGUACGCUGCAGUGGGGAUGGGGGAAGGGAUCUCUCUCUGGGUUACAUUCCAGGUGGCCAACUUCAGCAUGACCAUUGGGGGCUUUCCAAAGUCAAUGCGAGACAGUGGGGUGAUGGCUUUGAGUGAGCUUUCCUGGAAGAGACUUUUGAGAUGUAACAACAUUGGCAUCUGGCAAGAUGAGAAGAUGGAGGGUGACUUGUUCAUUUGUUUCAGGGGUGCUUUCCCAAGUGACUGGAGGGCUUUUGGCUGCAGUCCAGGCAUUUUCAUUUUUGAGCUCCUCCAAACAACCUAUUUACUGAGCAUUCAUCUUGAUUUGCUUGCACAAAGCUUAUACAGAGGUUAGAUUAUAUCCUGUCUUUAUUGAGCAUCUGAUUUCUUUGCGGGGAGCUUAUAAGACAAUGAACAUUCAUCUUGAUUUGCUUACAGGGUGUUUACAUGUCUUCCUUUAAUUGUUCAUUCAUCCCACCCUUUUCAAUGCAUUUCUCCAUCACUUUCCUAACUGCAAAAAGUGCAGUUUUAAAAGUGGAUUUGUUGUGCUACGGUGAUAGAGUGCUUUAAUUUCACAAGCCUUAAUUUCCUGGUAAGAUGGCACCCUUCCCCCCACCUUAUUCCACAUCCACAGGUCACAUCCACACCAUUUAGUGCAGUCUUAUUUGGAAGUUACUUUUGUGAACUACAACUCCCAUCAGCCGAAUUCAGUGGCCAUACUGGCUGGGGCUGAUGGGAGUUGUAGUUUAAAAAAAGUAACUUUUCCAAGCUCUGCUUAUACCACUUUGAUAUUCCUGGCUUUCCCCAAAGGAUCCCCAGUCCUGUAGUUUGUUGAGAGUGUUGAAAUGAACUACAGUUCCCAGGAAUCUUUGGGGGAAAGCAUGAAUGUUAAAGUGGUAUAAGACUGCAUUAAACGUAUGGUUUGGAUUUGACCCGAUCUACUGAUCAAUAAUAGAGUGAUCAUCUUGCACUCCUAAUAAUUCAAGGCCAGCUAAACAUCAGCACCCUAAUGUUGGCUCUUUGUUUAAAGCCAUAUCUCUAAAUACGAAUAAACAUGUAAAAUUCAAUGAAAACAAUACAAUUAUUAUUUAUUAUUUAAAUUUGUUUAUGUUUCAAGGGGUGGGAAGGGAAUGAGGGCUUUCCUGAAAUUGCCUCCACAUCACUUUAAUGAAAUCCUCAAUUUAUUGUUUGUUUGUUUCAACAGUUUAUAUACCACUUAACACCAUAGGUUUCUAAGUGGUGUUCAAUGAGGUUACAGAGAUGCAACAGACAAAAUCAGUUAAAAUUAACUAUAGAAUGGUAACUUAAUGGCUUACUUAAAUUGCGUUCAGAAAUAAGGAAGUCUUCACCCAGCAGGUGAGGGGACUGUCUGAUCUCAGCUUUCCACAGAACUGGGUUCACAAUACUGUGCGGAUUACUCUUGGUGAAUACGAGCUGUGUAUCCAAAUGAUGAGGAACCACUGACAGUGACUUCUGCAAAGAUCUCAGUGAUCAGGCAUGGAUAUAAGGAACCUUCUGGGUCGACCUUACUAUUUUGGCUGUGUGUAUUUGGGCCAGGGAUUUAUUUUACCCAAACUUCAUUCUGUUUGGGGUGAAUUAAGGGUCUUCCCAUCAUUGCACAUAUAUUCCUGAUAAACCUUUCUACCGAUAGAAGUCAAGUCACAGAGGAAAUCUCAUCUUCUACUUGAUGCUUUUGUGUUGAGAAUCACAUUCUCAGUUUGACAAAUGUUUCACAACCUCUUAGCAAGUGGAAUUGUUGAAAUUGACAUGAGUUAUUUGUUUCAGUAUGGGUAGAGGAAAGUGACUAGUAUCUUUCAGGCCCACACUGGAGAAGAUCCUUACUAGUUUCAUUUGGGAGCAAAAACCAAUAAAAUGGCAAAGGCUGAAAAGGGUCUGCAAAGGGUUAAAACUAAUGCAGGGUUUUCUCCAAAAUUAGCCUUAAGGUUAUUCUAUCUCAGCUCCUUUGAAAGUCCCCUAUUUGCAGGUCACAGCAUGUUGGGAGAAACUGUGUUGUCUGCUGCCAAUGAUCUCGUAGGAACUAUCCAAUUGCCACCUGCAACAUUCAUGCAACUGGACAGCAUUUGCAAUCACAACGACCCUUCUAGCAAGAGAAGGAAUCACCAGCAACAAUGGUGGACAGUUGGCAAGUUUUAAUAAAAAUUUAAAUC